AUGCCGGCUGUCGUCUCCGACCUCUGGCGCUAUGCUGUCAAGGGUCUCGACCGAGACUCCCUCGAUUCCGUCGAUCUCCAGCCCGGGGCCGGCUUCCCGGCGGAUCGGCGCUGGGCGCUGCACUUCGAGGACGCGGAACCCUUUGACCCGCAGCAGCCAGCCAGGCUCCAGGGUGCGCACGGCGCCGGGGCGGAGCAAGUGAGCAAGGGCGGAAAUAGCCGCUGGCUGCACAAGUCCAACUUUCUGUGCGCCUUUACGGCGCCAGAGCUCCUCGGCGAGCUGGAGACGUGCUUCGAGGGCGCUUCAGACGUGCUGACGGUGCGCCGCCGAUCCAGCGGCGAGUUGCUCCUGCGCGCCUGCUUGACUGCGGCCGCAGAUCUCGCGCGCGCCGAGGCGUGGUUCUCGGAGCUGCACGGUCGAGCGGUGCGAGUCGUGCAGGCGAGCGGGCCGCAUCACUUUGGGAACACGCCCGCCGGCUUCUCGCACGACCCGAGCGGCUGCGUCAUCCACCUUGUCAACGCGGCCACCGUCGCCUCGCUCUCUGCGGCCGCCUCGCUGUCGUCGCCGCCCCUCCACCCCGCGCGCUUCCGGCCCAACAUUGUCGUUUCCGCCGCGCCCGAAUGGAGCGAGUUCCGCUGGGUCGGGAGGCGGGUGCGCGCGGGCAGUGCCAUUCUAGAGGUCCUCUCGCGUACGGUCCGAUGCCCGGCCGUCAACGUCGACGCGCGGCACGGCAGCGGCAAGGCGGACAUCGACGUGCCGGCGCUGCUCAGCCGCCACUACCCGCAACACGGCCCCUACCUCGGCGUCUACUUGCGCGUGGUGCGUGGCGGCGUCCUGCGGGUCGGAGACACCAUCGCGGUCGAGCCGGCGCCGUGGGUGCUCGCGCUUGCGGCAGCGGCCGCCGCCGCGGUGCUGGCCGGCGUGGAGGUGCUGCUUGCCUCGCACGACCUCGACGAGAGCCUGCCUCCCCUCACGGGCGGCGCCAUCGACAACGGGACGCUGCUGCGCGCCUCGACGCUCCUCGUGCUCGCGCUCCUCUUGCACCCGCUCCAGCGGCUAUGA